ACUUCGUUUUCGUAUCAUCUUGUCCAUGCAGCGUUGCAGCAGAUGAAGCCUCUCCGGCCGUUUCCUUUCCCGCUAAACAUUGGGACGGAUAUCUGCCAGAUAUCUCGCAUCUAUGGCAUCCUAAAGAGCCCUCGGGCCACGCGCUUUGUGAACCGAAUCCUAUCGCCAGAGGAGCAGGAGAGGAAAGACCCGAGGCUGCGAUGUCUUGAAGACCGUCUUAUUGUUAAGCCUUUUCAGACCAAUGAGCUUUACCCUUUUGAAAAGACCAAGGACGGGGCCUCGAUUAGCGAGGAGAUGGCUCGUCAGGAUCCAGAUGUAUGGACAGCUGCUGCAUUUGUUGCAGGCAGAUUUGCUGCUAAAGAAGCGGCCAUCAAAGCCCAUUCGCAUCGUCGGCUCACUUUCCAUGACGUUGUGAUUGAGCGCCGCGGCAGAAAGGAGGAGCGUCUAGGGAGUGGACCGCCCGUAGCGCGGAUCAAGGGCGAGAGCGAGGCGGACGCGGAUGUGAGUGCCAUGAUAUCGAUUAGCCAUGAUGGGGAUUAUGCGACGGCGGUUUGUAUGGCGUAUGAUCCGAGCGUGGAGGUGGAGGAGGGUGAUGAGGACGAUAUAGUGCGGCGGUGGAACACGGGCGAGAUUUGCUGA